CACAUAGGAUCAUACAAAAAGGAAGUAAAACACACAUAAAAUUCCACAUAGAAAUAGAAUAGGUACAUUCAUUCAUUUUUCAUUCAUUCAUACAUAAAAAACCACCUUAAUCAUCAAGCACCAUUCUAUUCUUUCUACUAGUUUCUAUUCUAUAAAUAAAUAAAAAUCCCAAACUCAUCCAAACAAAUUAAUGAAUCAAUGGUUAUGGAAGAAACAACAACAACAACCAUCAUCAUGGAAGCAGUUUCAACUCUCACACCUUCCCACCUUACUCAUCUUACAAACUCCAUUCACUCAUCCACCCGCCGCCACCACCACCGUCUCACUUUCCUCCUUUCUUCCCCAUCCAUCUUCUCUCUUACCCUUCAUCACCUCCACAAACUCUCUCUCUCCCAAAAAACUCAUCUCAUUUCACGCCACCUUCUUUCCUCUCUACACCUCCUAACCCAAUCAACCUCACCGCUUCCACCUCCUAUCUCAACAACCAUGAGACAACGUGAAAUCGACGCAGUCUUGCUCCUUCUUCUCCUCUGCGAAACACAUAACCACAACCCAGAAGCUCUAAACGCACCGUUUUCUCAUUGGAGAUUGAAUUUGAACAAAAUCUUCUCCAACACAUUAUUGAUCAUGUCGUCUUGUUCUUCUGCACCACCGCUUGGAGGGUGUUUGGGGUCUGUUUUGAUUCCGUUUAUCGAGACAGUGAGCCGGUGUUGGAGAUUGGUGGGUGUUUUGGAUUGUGAAGAAGGGAAAGAAGUUAAAGAGGUGGCAGCUUCGGCGGCGACGGUUGUUUCUUUGCCGGCGGUGGUGGUGAGUGUGGGCGGGAGAGAGUGUGUGAUAUGUAAAGAUGAGAUGCGAGUGGGGAGAGACGUGUGUCAGUUGCCAUGUCAGCAUUUGUUUCAUUGGAUGUGUAUUUUGCCGUGGCUGGGUAACAAAAACACCUGUCCUUGCUGCAGGUUCCGGUUACCGUCCGAUGAUGUUUUUGGAGAGAUCCAACGGCUUUGGGAAAUCUUGCUUAAAAUGGGUGCUGGCUAGCGGAUCUGGAUUUCCUGCUGUUACAGAGCUAGGGACUGUUCGAUCAUAAUCGUGUGGUUGUGAUCGUUUUGAGUAAUUUUGUAAAUGAAUUGUUCUGAUCCGUUCGAUCUGAUAAUGAAUGGCUGAGAUGCAAAACAGCGUGAAAACUGUGUGAUACCCAACAUCAGGGAAUCCAGAUCCCUAGCUAAACAACAUAAUAGGAUUUAAGAAUUCAACUUUAACAUUACAGUAGUUAACUUCAUUUUUUUUUGGUUAAAUAUAUAAUGCAAUGAUCGGAGUUCGAAUUCCAGUCCUUUACAUAUUUAAUGUGUUGUUCAUGUCAUUGUUCCUGCCAACUAAGCUAAGUUUACUUGACUAGUUAA